UAUUCUGCUGUUGAAAAUGAAAUCACGAAUUAGUCACAAGUCGGUAGCGAUGUGAGCCGGACGCCACGCUCUUUACUUGCCUUCGCGCUCUUUCGCGCCGCGGCCGGUUCCCAGCGGAUUUAGGCCAAGUGUUUCUCUUUCCUUCCUGGCCCCAAACGUAACUCUAUCCUUUUCUCCUAGUGCUACUUUCAUUGAUGUAAUCAGUUCAAUGUUUACACUUAGAUAUCAGGUGAUGAAAAUUCAUUGUGUUUUGUAUGCUGAUAAAGGAUUUCUCAGCUGGUUGCCGUGCUUUAUGUAGGUAUGGGCGACGUGAUAUCGAGUCACUAUGCCGGUUCUACGCAACGCUGAUCACCCCGCGUCGCAGGCCACCGACUCGGUGAGCUUGCGCUACGCGGUGGCCGUGCUGGGAGCCUGGGCCGCCGAAGGAGCUACGUACCCCUUCGACUUGACGAAGACGCGGCUGCAAAUUCAGUCCGAAGUUGCAGCCGCUAACAAAGCCGGAUAUAAGAUCGAGAACCAUGGCAUGAUAAAAACAGCAGUCGGCAUCGCAAAACAAGAAGGCGUUCUAAAACUAUGGAGCGGCCUGAUGCCCAUGUUCCAACGACACAUCAUAUACUCGGGCAGCCGUCUCAUCUUCUAUGAAGAAUUCAGAAACAGGUUCAAGGAUGAAGAUGGAAAAACGUCUCUGAAAACCGCGUCUUUGGGCGGGCUGGCGGCGGGCGCGCUGGCGCAGCUCGUGGCGUCGCCCACGGACCUGGUGAAGAUACAGAUGCAAGCCGAGGGUCGGAGGGUUCUGCAGGGCAAGCCGCCGAGGUAUACUGGCUGCUGGCAGACGUACAAGCUGCUCUAUAGGGAGAGCGGGAUUUUGGGCUUUUGGAGAGGAGCCGUCCCAAACGUGCAAAGGGCAGCGCUAGUCAACAUGGGCGACUUGGCAGCCUAUGACUACAGCAAACAAUUCUUGAUGCGGGAAUUCGGCAUGGCAGACAACGCGCUGGUGCACGCCGGGGCGGCGUUCGCGGCCGGUUUCGUGGCUGCCGUUGUGGGCACUCCGGCAGACGUGAUGAAAACCCGUCUGAUGAAUCAGCCCGUCGGUCCGGAUGGAAGGGGUGUCCUGUACCGUGGCAUGAUCGAUUGUCUCCAGCAAUCAGUGAAGAACGAAGGCAUUUUGUCCUUGUACAAGGGCUUCUUGCCCCUCUGGAUGCGAUUAGGCCCGUGGGCACUGAUCAACUGGAUGGCUUUUGAAAACAUCAUGCUUGCCUUAGGGGGAAAGACAUUUUAGAAAAUAGAACAACAGUUGCUGAAGUCAACAGAAAUAAGCAAGACAAUGAUUUAGGUGAUGUGAAGUCAGUUUUAGAAGCUGACUAGAAGUUUGGGCAGCGAACCAUAGUGACUGAUACCUAGGUAAGCGCUACUUGCACCAUCCCACUACUAACUCGGGGUUAACCGGUUAAACCGUUAACCCAGUGUAACCAUGGUAACUCCAGGUUGAUGGCCCAGGUCCAGUGGGAUGGUGCAAGUGGCGCUAAUUCUAACUAAACUUGAAGGCAGGUCUAUAAUGUAAAAAGCUAGCGUCUUCUAGAAAUCCUCUUGACAUUUCAUCAAGUGUAGAAAUAUGCCACCCCAAACUAAAGCUGGUCAAGCAAAUCUUGUCAGUAAAAAAAGGCGCGAAAUUCAAUUUUUCUAUGGGACGAUAUCCCUUCACGCCUACAUUUUUCAAAUUUGCCGCCUUUUUCUACUGACAAGAUCUGCAUGACCAAGUAUAUUUUGAUUGCGUAGCACAAUUUUUAUAUUUUAUUUAUAUAUUUUACUUGUUGUUGUUUUAUUAAUUGAUGUAGGUAUUUUUAUGUGGAAUCAUAGACCAACUACGUUUAAGUGAUAUUGCGGGGCUUCUAUCCUAUCGAUGUUUUUUACGUUUGUUUUGGUGUUGCCUUUAAGUCUUUGCGACCAACCAAUUUUAUUCAUAAGAUAGAUAUUCUGCUUAUAGGUAAAAUACAUACUUCAAGAAAACAUCAAAAACACGCAUAAAAAUAUCCCAAGGAUUAAGCGCAAGGCGUGAACUUAGUAAAAUAGAGAUAAGUUAUACAUAGUACUUAAAAAGUAGAAUCAUAUAAAGAUGAUUUAAUUGAAUUUGAAACACUUUGAUGAAGCGAACUAGACAAUUAGGUGCUAUCUUUUUUUAAAUAUUCGAUUUUAAGUUACGUGUAUAUAGUCAAUCAUGUUAAUCUAGUGUAAUGAUUAAUGAAGGGCAAACAUCUGAUAACUGGAACAUUACAUUAACCAUUAUUGUAGGUAUACUUACAUAUGCCGUCAAAUUAAAAAUGUUACCGCCAACGUCAUUGUCAUAAAUAUAGCUUGUUAUUGGAGGUUCAUCCUACUAAGUUAAUUUUAUACCAAAGUUUUAUUUUAUAUUCCAUUUGUUCUGUAGGUACUAUUACAAUACUAAUUCUUGUUCAGUCUGAAUUUAGAAACGGCUUUCCCACAACGUAUCCAGGAUUCUUGUCCAGGGUCAGUUAAAAAAUAUAUGUAAACAGAAAUCAAAUUAUUUCACUAAAUUUAAUGCUGUUGUAUACAACCUGAUUAAAUUCAAGGAGUCUACAAUUGACGCCUUACAAUGUGGUAACUAAAACAUUUAUGUUAUAAUCGUUAUAACAGUAAAGAUCUGCAUAAUUUCUCGACAAUUCAGUACGAUAUAAAAUAUUGUAAUUGAAAUGAAGUUAAUUUUAUCACAGUUCUAAAAUACACUUCGUAGAGUCUGUGCGGAAAGAGAAGAAUCGUAGAAUGUAAUGGUCCAAUACAUAUCACGACCCUUCUCUUUCCGCACAGACUAUAAUAUUUCUCGUACACUAUCUAAUGCAGUGGUUCCUAACCUUUUCAGUCCGGUCACCCCUAUGACUAACUAGGGAACCUGAUUUUACCCCUCCUCCCAAUAGUAAUAAAAAAAUUAAACGUGCACGUUUGUUGUAUUGUUAUAUUAGGUUAGCUUAUUACCCCCGUAAAAUACCAGUUUUACCCCCACGGGGGUAAUUACCCCCAGGUUAGGAACCACUGAUCUAAUGUAACUGCUCAAAUGGACAAAGACGUUAACAUGUAACAAACACGUGUAAAAAGUACGAUAUUAUGCAAAACUUCUGAAAAACUAAGUCGUAUUGUCAGAAGUUUCGAAAUCGUACUUAUUAUUAGGUACAUUAUAUUAUUAUAAGCCAACUGUUCACAAAUCAAUAUAAUUUUUUGUUUUCCUGUAUAUUUUAUAAGAAUGCCGUUUACUAAAUGUGAUGUUAUUUAGGUAUAAUAAAUUAUUAAAUUGUUGAGAAUCA